AGAAAAAACCGACAAAAAGAAGAAAGAUAACGUUUUUGCUGUCAAAUUCAAAGAAAGUUAAUUUUAGGUUAAUAAGAAUAAGUCACAUCUUGGUUCUUUUCCUAGAAAAUCCUUCGUACCAUUAGCUUCAUCAUGACCGCCAGGCUUCUUAAAAAAAUUAACAUAAGCAGGGUUGCUAGCACCCGCCUAUUUAGCAGUGAACUCCAAAAAGUAACCCUAAUACCUGGUGAUGGAAUUGGACCAGAAAUCUCUGCUGCUGUACAAAAAAUCUUUGGAGCUGCAAAGGUCCCUAUUGAAUGGGAAUCUGUAGAUGUUACUCCAGUUAGGGGUCCAGAUGGAAAGUUUGGAAUCCCCCAAGCAGCUCUUGAUUCUAUGAACAGGAACAAGAUUGGAUUAAAAGGUCCCUUGAUGACUCCUAUUGGAAAAGGACAUAGAUCUUUGAAUUUGGCUCUGAGAAAAGAACUGAAUUUAUAUGCCAAUGUUCGUCCUUGCAGAAGUUUAGAAGGAUACAAAACUCUCUACGAUGAUGUGGAUGUAGUUACCAUUAGAGAAAAUACCGAAGGUGAAUACUCAGGUAUUGAGCAUGAAAUUGUCGAUGGUGUAGUACAAAGCAUAAAAUUGAUCACAGAAGAAGCUUCUAUGAGGGUUGCGGAAUUUGCUUUCCAAUAUACUCUUGAGAACAAUAGAAGAAAGCUGACAGCAGUACAUAAAGCAAAUAUUAUGAGGAUGUCUGAUGGUCUUUUCUUGAGAUGUUGUCGUGAAAUGGCCCAGAAAUACAAGGAAGUGAAAUUUGAAGAAAGGUACCUCGAUACUGUUUGCCUCAACAUGGUGCAGGAUCCUAAUCUAUAUGAUGUUCUCGUCAUGCCUAACUUAUAUGGAGACAUAAUGUCAGACAUGUGUGCAGGUUUAGUUGGUGGAUUAGGUCUAACACCAUCUGGAAAUAUUGGAUUGAACGGUGCCUUAUUCGAAUCUGUGCAUGGCACAGCUCCUGAUAUAGCUGGCCAAGAUAAGGCUAAUCCAACUGCCCUCCUCUUGUCGGCGGUUAUGAUGUUGAGACAUAUGAAGCUUAACAUGCAUGCUGAUCUGAUUGAGAGGGCUUGUUUCGAUACCAUCAAAGACGGCAAAUUCCUAACCACAGAUCUUGGAGGCAAGGCAAAAUGCUCAGAGUUCACAAAUGAAAUUUGUAAUAAAAUAUCAGCUGCUUCUUAAAUCUUUUUUUGCUGAUUAGGUAACGUGUGAUAAUUCAGAUUUAGAUACCUGAUUUCAAAUAUUUAUUAAAAUCAAAACUAAUUUUAAGUAGGAUUAAGCGUUACUAUUACCCUUUAGUAAUAAGUCAAUUUUGCCAAUACUCAUUCUCCAAAGAACCAGAUGCCAUUUGUAAUGUUUGUUCUGUGUAUUACUUUGAUGAGUUCAAAAAUUGAUUUUUCUUCAAAAAGUAUUAUAAAUCCAUCCUGAAACAUAAUUAGUCUCAAAUAUUUAAGAAUUUUUGAAAGUGAGAUCCACUGAAUUAUCUGUUUUAAUUUUUCUGUGCCAGUGUGAAAAUGAUUUGUUUAAACUUUUUUUCAUAUAGUCAUUUGUACUAUUUCAUUGAACAUUUUGUAUCAUUACUUUUGUAGUGUCCCCAUUGUCAAAAAUAAAGUCUUACUAUAUUUUA